UAAUUUUUGAUUAAACUUUGUUAUUCUAUUUGUUAUAAGUUAUAACAUUAGAUGGCGUCAGUCAACUUUAUCAUUUACCGCAAUUUUUUGAAAGUGAUGAUAGGUUUUGCAUGCAGCAACAAUAGUGAUUAAUAAACAUGCUUAAAGUAUUAAGUCGAGAGGAACAGGCCCAUGAUGGUCCCAUUUGGAGUCUAGGAAUCAGUAAAGGAGGGGAAAACAAUAAUACCGAUAAUACGUUCAUUGUUACCGGUAGUGUUGAUGAUACUGUCAAAGCUUGGCAAUGGGUUGAUGAUACAUUAACUUUGAAAUAUAUCUUUGAAGGCCAUGCUUUGGGUGUUAUGUCUGUCGAUGUGAACCAUGCAGGUAAUAUUGCUGCUUCAGCUUCGCUUGACAGUCAUAUUAGACUUUGGGAUUUAAUAUCUGGAGUCCAAGUUCAAAGUAUCGAUGCUGGACCGGUUGAUUCAUGGACAAUAUGCUUUUCACCUGAUGAUAAACUUAUCGCUACAGGAUGUAACAGCAAAGUAAACAUGUAUUCCAGCGAUACUGGAAAGUUACAAACAUCAAUAGAUACAAGCGGAAAGUUUACUCUUACAUUAGGUUUUAGUCCUGAUGGUAAAACUAUCGCUACAGGAGCCAUCGAUGGUAUGAUUCAAAUUUUCGAUAUUGAAACUAAGAUGGUUAUAAAUACUCUGGAACCCCAUGCUAUGCCAGUACGAUCUAUCGCAUUCUCACCUGAUGGUAAAUACUUAGCCUCUGCCUCUGAUGAUUAUCACAUCAAAAUUUUUGAAGUCGACAAAGCUGAUCCUAUAUCAACCCUCUCUGGUCAUGGCUCAUGGGUCUUAAAUGUAACUUUUUCACCUGACGGGAAACAUUUUGCUUCCAGUUCAUCUGACAAGACGGUAAAAAUUUGGGAACUCGGUAACAAAGAAGCUUUACAAACAUUCAGAGAACAUAAAGAUCAAGUCUCCUGUUGUCGCUAUAAUUCAGAUGGAUCCAGACUGGUUUCAGUUUCAGAUGAUCACAAUAUUGUUAUUUAUUCAGUCGAAUAAUCUCCAUUGAUCUUAAUGUCCAAAGUAUUUUCAUAAAUAAUUUUCAAGAAUUAUCUUAAAAAUUUCUCUUUCAUUCAUUCAUUCACUAUCAUUCAAACUUGAUAAACAUGUAUUGAAAAUAAUAAAUCCUAUUAACGUGUACAAUAAAGAAAAAUUAUAAAAUCAA